UUAUUUUAUAGAAGGGUAAUAGAAAUUUAUCACAUUUAAUGAUUUGAAAUCAGAGUUAGAUACAUUUGAAAGACAUUUUGAUUCUGUGUCGUGACAAGGUUUUUGGAGCGGUGAUUGAGAACUGACUUUACCGUGCUGAGUUUAACCAUGGACGCUGGCUCCAUUCUGCUGUGUUCGCAACCUUUCCGUCCUAUACCUAUGUAUGGACACAGAUUCGCAGCCAAUGUUACCGGAACGGGAAGUGCGCACCCUGCUGCUCAUUUCAUACCCUGCUUCCGCCCAGCACCAUUCGAAGGUCUGUACAGCCCUCCUGGUUCUCUAGCGGCAUAUAACCUGGCCAUACAGGAACACUUAAGGCGGCUUCAGGCACGCCAUCUUGGGAAAGUGGCAGAAAGUCCUCGCACCAUUAACAACAAUGUUUUAUGUACAAAUAAUUCAAUUGUAAACAUUCAAAAACCUGAGUUGGACACGACACAAAUAAAUCAUAGUGUCCCAUCAUUACCGUCAAAAUUAGAUCUAAAGGAGAAGGCACGGGCCGAAUUGAAUCCUUAUGAAAGUUUCCCUUCCUAUUCCCUUGGAAGAAAAUUGUUCCCCUGCCCAAACUGCAGAUACACCACAGACAGGAGGAAUAACCUAAAGAGACACAUGCUGACAAUGCAUCAAACUACCUCAAAGCUACUAGAAUGUUGUGGCAUCCUGUUCAGAACAAAAGCGUCACUCAGAGAACAUGCGAUGAUAUUCCAUUACCAUGGCUACACGUGUUACUAUUGUGGGAGAAGGUUUUGUCGGAAGGCCCUCCUAAAGCGCCACCUAUCGGUUCAUAACGGACAAAAAGAUUUUGUGUGUAGUGUUUGUGACUAUGCCACAAGCCAUAAAAGUAACCUAGAACGCCACAAGAAGGUCCAUCAGCGCCCGGAGGACUGUAAGGACACCGACGGAUCACGAAGUGACCUUGACAAUGAUGGGUCAAAAAGUGAUAUUGACCUUGAGGGAAGUGAUCAUGUUGAAAGCAUGGAAGAGUUGUCAGUGUGUUCAGAUAGUGACGAUGAAGAAAUUAACGUUCAUAGUGAUUAAAAUUUGAACUGAAGUAAGAAAAGUGUGUUGACAAGACAUGGCACAAUAAGCAAAUAUGGUUAUAUGUUACCUUGAGAAAACACUUAUCGUCUAGGGCUAGGAAUUCACCGAGGUUAUAGACAAUGAAUGACAGCUUAUGUCGACGAAUGCAUACCUAAGUGAAAGUCCUCUCGCGUACAUUGGAUAUGUGCUGCUUUAAUUGCCGCUAUUACAUUAUUUAAGUGCCGACUUCCUGACUGAGUAUCAAUUUGUUAUACAUCUCAUCUAACUCCGUUUCAAGCUUAGGUGUUGCUGGAAAUGCUAUCAAUUAUAUGACAUUGCUCGUCUCAUCAAAUUAUAUUGGGAUCAUUCCACAAUAACAAAUAAUCAUUAUUGAAAUAUUUCCAUCCUUGUGUUUGAUAUGUGUUCUGUGUGACGUUGUACUUGUAGUAUGUACUGGUGUACAUAUUAAACUUUGUUGAUUAAUAAAAAAC